AUGAAAUCACUAUCCUGGGAAGAAAGGGGCAUACGUGUUGAUGGAAGAUUUCUUUCGAACCUUCGUUUCGCGGACGACAUCGUUCUCUUUUCGAGCAGUACCAAUGAAGCAGAAACGAUGCUCAACGAAUUGAACCGAGCAGGGAAGAGAAUAGGUCUGCGGAUAAACAGAAAGAAGACACAGUUCAUGAGGAACGCCUACUGUGAGGACGGAGGAGUACAACUUGAAGGUUCCCAAAUCGUGGAAACUCCGUCAUACGUAUACCUCGGACGUUCUAUGAACAUGGAAAACGACUUGAAGGAAGAACUGAAUAGAAGAAUGAGAGCAGCAUGGGCAGCAUUCGCAGCCGUCAGGGAAGCUACGGACCAACUGACGGACCAAGAUCUUCGUGCCCAUCUGUUCGACUCGACAGUCCUUCCAGCGCUCUGUUACGCAGCAUAG